AUGAGUCGUGCUCGAAGUAAGCUGGCUCGCGCCUCCAAGACCGCAGUUGUACAGAACUUCGUCAACCUGGGCAACUUCUAUAGCCUGCAGCCGUGGCAGGAGUCGUUGAGGUGGCGUUUGGCGCCCAAGCGCAGAGUUGAUGGCAGCCCACAGCACGGUGUCAAUCUGGGCAGCCUGUACAGGGCGACCUUCGAGGCUGAAUACCUACAGCCUCGAGGCUGGGCAUACUUUGAAGACGGCUCCAUCUUUGUUGCACGUCACUUUUACGACCAUGACGAGUUCCAGCAACUGAUGAAUAUCGCAGCGUACUUUGUGCGCAGCCCCUCCGACGCAAAGGCCGGCUUAGCCUCCAGGAGGACGAAGCACGGCCAGGCGCAGUUGGUUCUCAUCGAAAAGGCCUUUUGGCCUCUACAGGAGGCCCGGAGGACUCGGUGGUUCCACGCAUACGCUCGAUAUGCGCAGACUGGGGAGACGCUGUUGGCUCCCGAUCAGCCUUUCCAUCCAAUCUGCUUGCAUUUAGAUCCGACACGAGGCUUUCCCGAUUCCGUGGACAUGGAUGAACGUGCGGUCCCUAUGCUCGCUGCCGAAGAGGAUCUCAGGCGGAACCCACCACUGUUAGCUAGCUUGCAGACAUUCCGCGGCACCUUGAACGAGGGCACUCUGCAGCCGAAUGUUCGCCCGGACAAUGGAUUGAGGCUUCAUAUCAAUCUGCAACAAUCUCAGCGCAUGUCUCCAGCUUCACGCCGAAAGCACCUCGGCGACUACCUGGCUUGGGUGUAUGACAGGAUCCAGAAGAUCGAACAGACGACGGCAAUCAUGGAAGGGCCUGCCGCAGAGAUUGCCUUGGGAGCUGCGCAUCCCGAUGCAGGAGGGCGUGAGCCCGAGCUGCGCCGUUGGAAGGAGAAGGCUUCGGAUCUCGAACAGGAGCUGGCCAAUACUAAGAGCAGCCUGAGAGCAAAACUCCCACCACGGAAACCACGCAUGAGACUACGAAAAUUCCCAGUCGCCUCAGAGACAAUAGAUUCAUGGCCUAAGAGAAGACAUGCCAAUGCGUACCCUGACUCCCCCUUUGGACUCGUUAAUCAGGACGAGAUCCUACCUACCGAUGCUCUCGAGCUGCUUCGAGACCACAGUCGAAAGCAAGGGAGAUGA